CAAGCCAGAAUCGACCCGGAGGGUGGGAGAAACCGAGGCUCCCGGGGAGGCCGGCGCGGGCGGCAGGCUGAGACAGGGGCUGCGGAGCUCUCCGGAGCCGGCUAGGGCGGAGAGUCAGCGAGAGGCAAACCCGAGGCAGAGGGCAGACCCGGGCUGUGGGAAGCAUUGUAUGCAAAAGCAGACAGUGACCCCGGCGGACACGCCGCGGGGCCCCUCCUGGGGCAGGUGAGGGACCCUGGAGCCCGAGCUCCCUUAGCCUCGUGGCGACUCAACUUCUGGGAGGCCUGUGGAGACAGGCAGAGACCGGGCUCUCAGGCAGAGACCCUCAGAGUAGACAAAUGUGGGGGUCAGGACGGUCUGCUCUAUAGAGGUGCUGCGACCCAGACCUGAGUGUUGAGAGGUAGAAAUCCAGAGUCACCCCUGGGGGAGAAUGAGCGAUACCGGGACACCCAGAACGUGAAGACGGCUGCUGAAAUGUGCAGAGGCGCAGAGAGGAGCCGUGCGAGCAGAGCUAGACGCUCAGAGACUGAGACUUAACGAGGCUCCUUGACGGCUUCCAAGACAGACCUUGGGAGAUGUAGGCCCCAAAGACUGGGAAGCAGGGAUUCAGGGAAACAGAAACUCUGGGCCAGCUCAGCCCCAAGAGACAGAGGACCUGAGACAGUAAGAUUGAGAUCAAGAGGGAGCCCCAGGCAUACACCAAGACAGCCCCAACUUAUUUUUAAACUCAAAUCUUGGCCGCACUGCCGCAGCCCUGGGGACCCAGGGUGAAUGAACUGUUCCUCUCCUGUCCCCAGAGCAGCUGCUGGGUCCAGCUUUCCAUUUCCCUCUUCCCCUAAACUGCCCUGACUCCCAGGCCCUGGGGGGGAGGAGGGGAGUGAAGAUUUAGGGUUUGGGGUUGGUGCCUGGUAGCAGGGGGAUGGCGUGGUGGAGAUCCGUUUCUCCCCUAAAUCUCCUGUCAACUCCUGGGAGCUGGAGGAGGGGUCUGUUCUGAUCCUGACUCACAGCUGUGGGGCCUGGCUAGGGUCCGCCUGGACCUUGGGGGGGAGGGGGAAGGGACAAAGGGGUUGAAUGGUUGGCAUGGGUAAUUGGAAAGGCCUCUGGGUAUCUUCCAUCACAGGACCGGUGGCUGGGGAGACGGGCCAGGCUCCCGUGCUAGGUGUCCCCCAGCAUCUCCUGUCCCCUUGGUCUUGUAUGUUGACCACCCUUCCACCACCACGGCAGCAUUUCUAGGGAGAGAGAAACAGGAAAAGGGUCCAGGCUAGGAAGCAGGGAGCCUGGGCUCUCUGAUACCAAAUGACCUUGGGCAUACCCCUGCCCUGCCCCUAGCCCCUGGACUCAGCUGUAAAGUGGGCCGGUACCGAUCCUGUUUGCCUUUUGUGAGCUCCAAGAUGGUGGGAGAGCACUUUAGGAGAGGCAAAGUGCCUGCCAUUUCAGCAGCUGUCUUUAUGUUUUGGGUGUCUCUGUAUUGCUCAUUCUCCCCCGGGGUGAUUCUGGAUUUCUACCUCUCAAUAACCAAGUCUGGGUCUCAGCCCCUCUAUAGAGCAGAAUGUCCUGACCCCACACUUCUCUACUCUGAGUAGAGAGUCUUAGUCUCUGACUGUCUCUACAGGCCUCACAGAAGUUGAGUUACCACAAGGCUAAGGGAGCUUAGGCUCCAGGGUCUCUCACCUGCCCAGGCACUGGGUGUCCUCCCCAGUACCUGUGGGAGGGGUCUCAGAGCUGUGCCGUCUGGGGUAAGGCUGGUCCUGCUUGUCUCAGUACGCCCCGUGGCUUGGACCUCUACAGUUCCCCCAUUAGAACUAGAGGGUGCCCUCAUUGUUCUCACCCUGGGCUUGCACUGAGACCAUCUAAGUUAAUUCCUAGGCCAGUUCUGUGACCCAGGCCUGCCUGAGAAACUUGUCUGACCCCAGCAUGAGGGAGGGGCCAAGAAUAAAACCACUAAUAGCUGCUGUUUACUGACUGCUUACCAUCUGCCAGCUGCUUUCCAGGUGUUCUCACACUGCAGGCUGACGACCACCCUAAGAGGUUGGGGAUAGUAGUAGAUGGGAAAAUAGCUUCCGGGUACCUAAGUGAUUGCCCAACCAAGAUCACCCACUUAGUAAGUGGAGGGACAAGGGUUCAAUCCCAGGUUUAUGCUUCACAGCUGGAGACUCCUCACACUACACACCGCAGUCAUUCCUGGGAGGUACCAGAUAGGACUCACGGCCACCAUGAGCGAGGCCUUUGACUGUGCGAAAUGUAACGAGUCCCUGUAUGGCCGCAAAUACAUCCAGACGGACAGCGGCCCCCACUGUGUGCCCUGCUAUGACAACACCUUUGCCAACACCUGCGCCGAAUGCCAGCAGCUUAUCGGGCAUGACUCGAGGGAGCUGUUCUAUGAAGACCGCCACUUCCAUGAGGGCUGCUUCCGCUGCUGCCGCUGCCAGCGCUCCCUAGCCGAUGAGCCCUUCACCUGCCAGGACAGCGAGCUGCUCUGCAAUGACUGCUACUGCAGCGCCUUCUCCUCCCAGUGCUCGGCCUGUGGGGAGACCGUCAUGCCCGGGUCCCGGAAGCUGGAGUAUGGAGGUCAGACGUGGCAUGAGCACUGCUUCCUGUGCAGCGGCUGUGAGCAGCCGCUGGGCUCGCGUUCCUUUGUGCCCGACAAGGGUGCUCACUACUGCGUGCCCUGCUAUGAGAACAAGUUUGCUCCUCGCUGCGCCCGCUGCAGCAAGACGCUGACACAGGGUGGCGUGACAUACCGUGACCAGCCUUGGCAUCGAGAGUGCCUGGUCUGCACUGGGUGCCAGACGCCCCUGGCGGGGCAGCAGUUCACCUCCCGGGAUGAAGAUCCCUACUGUGUGACCUGUUUUGGAGAACUCUUUGCACCCAAGUGCAGCAGCUGUAAACGCCCCAUCACAGGACUCGGUGGAGGCAAGUAUGUGUCCUUCGAAGACCGCCACUGGCACCACAGCUGCUUCUCCUGCGCCCGCUGCUCCACCUCCCUAGUGGGCCAAGGUUUUGUACCGGACGGAGACCAAGUGCUAUGCCAGGGCUGCAGCCAGGCAGGGCCCUGAGCAAGGGGCCCUGGGCCCAGGCCCUCCCAAACCAGGCCUCCAGGACUAAGCCUCCUUUUCUAAAUCACCUCUGGGACCCAGCCCCUAGGCUCUGGAUUCAGCCUCCCCACUCCAAACUGGUACUUCCUGACCCAGGAUUCCCAAACCUGAGAUUUUACGGAAACUCUAGUGAUUCAAAUUCACUCCCCAAGCUUGGAAUCCAGAAUUCAGCCCAACCCCCUAGAAUCCAGUUGCCAAGCCAAGCCCCCUCCCCAAUUCAGGGCUUUAGACCCCACCCCUCAAACCUGAACUCUGGCCCCCUCAAAUCUAAACUCUCUGGGUGCCUGAAAGUCCUCAAAAAUAGACUAUACUCAGACUUGACCCUCCCCACCCCACCCUGUCCCCAGGGCUGGGGCUGCCUGGGCAUCAGAUCAGAGGUUCACUGGCUAAGGAGUCAGUCCUAGGAUGGAAGAUUGUGCCCAGCCCCUGUCUACAGAGUGUUUUCUCCUUUCAUUUUAGCUCUGUUUUGCCCAGAGAUGGGCAGAUGGGUGGGAUUGGCUCACCCCCUUGCAGAUUCUGCAAUAAAGCAGUGUGAGGAAGCACAGGCCUCUGUGUAUUUUUCUGGGGUAGAAGGGAAGGAAGCUUCCUUUGAACAUGGAAGAUCUGAGGCUCACACAGAGUUCUUCUUCCACGCAGGGAAGGGGAGGGAGCUUCGAGGCACCGCGUGCUUAAUCCCAAGAGGAAGGGGAACCCUGGCCACUGCUGUGGACCUUCUCCAGCUUGGCCUGCCCCCCCCCUGCUGGCGG